AUGUAUUUGACCUAUGAAGAUACCUUCAGUACCUUGGAACAAUCUUGCGUGCAGAUACACGUUGCACCUCAACAAAUAUUACAAUAUCUUCCCGCCUGUCGUGUUGCCUGCAGCUGCAGCUCUGCUGGACUUCUUAUCUCUUCAUUUCAGUACUCUUCUCCCUUGUGUGUAGUAGUCUGCAAUUUCUUGAUUUCGAUGAAAAGUUGGAGACGCUGCCACGCUCCAGCACUCAUCAACUACUACCGCGUGGUCGACGAGUGCGAAAAGAAUAUGAUCGGCUGGAGCCUUCGCCUAUCCUCGGCUACCCAGAAGCAAGAAAUAUUGAUAUUCGUGUACCAGCAAAAUUUGGUCUUUCAUCUUCACUUGUCCUGUACCAAAAAAUGA